ACUCAGUGUUCGGCCGUGGGAGCUAAAGGAGAAUGCGUUCUCGUGAACACAGUGUUCAAUGAUAAGCCUGUUAUCAGGGAGCUAAGAUUAGUUCGAAAUUUUAUUAAAGUUUUAAAAAUGGCUGGAGUUUUUGUUCAAUGGAUUGCCGCUUUUGUUUUUGCAGCUAUUUCCACAAAAGCGCAAUCAACUUUAAUUGGAAACAUUAAAAUGAAAGGAGUAACUGGCACUGUGACCUUGACCCAGUCAUCUCAAGGUCAGGCAAUAUCGGUGACCACAUCAUUAUCGGGGCUAAAGCAAAGUAACACGAUGGUUAUCCGGGAGGUGCGGUUGUUAUACGAUGGAUCCCCUGCAAUGUGUUCUGAUGUCCGUCUUGGUAGGCAAAUGGGGACUUUCAGUGCAACUGUACCCAGUAAUGGCGCAAGCACUAACAGUAUCACCGAUUUCAACGAUAUCAAUGAUUUAACAGGAAGAUCUGUAGUCUUGACGGACACAACAGAUUCCAACUCCACAGUCUGCACGACUCUGGAAACAAACGAAACACAUCAUACAGCAUCUGCUAUAUUCCCAUCCAACAUCGCCGGGAAGAUCACAUUCCGACAGGCCAGUAACCCGAACAACGCUCCAAUGUCUGUGUGUGUAGAUCUUUACAGAGUGACCAACACAGAUAAUACAACCGUGGAGGAGUUAAAUUGGGAGGUAUUCACAAAAUCUGUCUCUGCUGACACCUCGAACACUGCAUUCAGUCAAAGAUGUUCAAACAUUGGUUCCCUAGACACAGAUCUAACAUCAAAACAUGGCAAACUUAGUGCUAGCUUGCAACAAGGACAAAAUGUUCGAUGUUUUGUUGAUAAAAGCUUGACUAUGCAGUCCUUGGUUGGGAAAUCCCUGGCGAUCAAAUCCAACGAUGGAACAAUCGUCUCAUGUGGAACUAUCCGCCAAGUCAUGAAAAGAAGCACAAUGACCCGGUUCAGUAGAGACGGGGUCAAAGGUUACAUAAAAUUGUCCCAAGAAUCCAUGUAUGAUCCAACGACAGUUGAUGUGAAUGUAACUGGAUUGCAAUCCUUGGCUGGAGGUUACCACAUACACAAAUGGCCGGUACCACAGAAACUUAACAAGAUGGAGAAAGUUUGCGACCCAUCGUAUGUUGCAGGUCACUUUAAUCCAAAUGACAUUGACGUUAAUACUUCCCCAAGUCCCGGCACUGGAACUCCAGACCAGUACGAAAUAGGAGACAUCAGUGGAAAGUUUGGUGUUUUAAACGGAAAAACAGGCCUAGUAGAUACAUUCACUGACUAUAACCUUCCAUUAUAUGGCACUAACAGUGUAAUUGGACGAUCCAUUGUCAUCCACAAGCAAAGUGGUGGUGAAAGAUGGGUUUGUGCAAAUAUUGAAUCCAGCGAUGAGAUGAGGAUAGCACAGAUAAUGUUUACCUACCCAUACAUCGGAUACAUGGUUUUCCAGCAACCUCUUAUGAAUUGGUACCAUGCUGAAACUCAGAUAUACGUAGAACUUGACAUGAUAGCUCAGACAGGAAAAUCUCCAGAUCACAAAUGGCACGUCCAUGAAAAAAUGGUUGGGACAGAUUCAUUAGAUUCAACUGGCAGGUGCAGCUCUACAGCUGGACAUUACAAUCCCUACCAAGUGGAUCUAGAUGGGAACUAUGCCUCCCAGUGUAGUUCUUCUAAUCCCCUAAGAUGUGAGGUUGGAGAUGUUGCAAACAAACAUGGAAACAUAGACAUCGGUACCACAGCUGAAGGAAAACAGCGCUAUUUCUUUACGGACGUUGAUCUUCCACUUUCUGGUCCGCUGAGCAUAAUUGGAAAGUCUGUGGUGAUUCAUGGUGCAAACAAAGGCGGUGAAAGAAUGUCGUGUGGAAAUAUAUACGAGCUUCCGAAACGUGUUGUAAAAGUGGAUAAAUGGAGUCAGAUGGUAAGUUCAAGUGUGAGUGGAUACGUUAAACUGACUGAAGAUUCUGCAGGUUGUUUGAGUGGAGUGUCCACAACUGAAAUAAAUCUUAACAACCUGGCUACACAAGGUGGUGGUCUGCACGUGCACGAGUAUCCUGUCCCUACAGGAAGCAAUUCGCCCUGUUCACCAGCAAGUGUUGGUGGACAUUUCAAUCCAUUCGAAGUAGACGUGAAUAGAAGUCCAGCUAACGGAACUGGGACAGACGAUCAAUACGAGGUGGGGGAUUUAAGUGGUCGCUAUGGCAACCCACUAAACGGACAGACAAGUGUUGAUGUGACCGACAUGGAUACCAAUGUACCACUCCGUGGUCCUCUAAGUGUUGUUGGCAGAUCCAUUGUGAUACACAAAGUUGAUUCAUCUCGAUGGCUUUGUGGUGACAUCAUGGAGGACACGGAAGUUACAAAGGGCGUCAUGUAUAAGGCUAGAGCGACUUUCUCUCAGGGAGAUAUUCAAGGAACAAUCACACUAAUGCAGUAUGCUUACCCAGACGGAGGAAUGAGUGAUACCGAUAUUUUAGUUGAUUUGUACUACGCACAAAACCGAAGUAAAAUUACAUCUAAACAUAACUGGCAUGUUCAUGAGAAACAAGUAACCACCGACUGUGCUUCUACGGGAGGUCAUUACAACCCAUUCCAAGCUGAUUUACAGAAUAAUUAUGAUGAGUGUAGCUUUUCUAACCCUCUUCGGUGUGAACUGGGGGAUCAGGCUUCAAAGUUAGGACAAUAUGACGUAGGAAAUGGUAGACGAUUCUAUACUGAUGUUUAUCUUCCUCUGAUGGGUCAAUUCGGAGUGAUUAGCCGAUCCUUCGUUGUGCACGCAGAAAAUGGGGGCGCGCCUCGUGUGGCUUGCGCUAAUAUCAUGCCCUUGGAUGGCAUGACAAUGUUAAUGUCGUUUCCAGUGCAAUCCAAUUUCAAUAAAGAAACCAUGAGAACAAAGAUUGCUGCAGCACUGGGCACCCAGACAUAUAACCUUAUGGUAGACCAGAUGCCCUCUAAUGCAGUCGUAGAUGGAAGCUGCAUGCAGGCCACUGUUUACUUCAUGGGCCCAGAAUCUAGAACACUGUAUAGUAAGCUGGAUUCCUUAAUGAGACAAAAUUCCAACUUACUUGGUACAUAUGCACCAACCUGUUCAGGAUCAGAUUCGUUCAGUUUUUCAGUUGUGUUAUUUGGACUUCUGUUUUGUAUACAACAAUUUUUGUGCAAGUGGAGAUGAUCAGCAGAGAUAGGCUAGUGCCAGUACUACACAAUAUAAUACAUAUCAUACAGUGUCUCACCUCACCAGAGGAUAUUCUUCAUGUCAUUGUUCAAACCAAGGACAAUGAUUGUGGAACUUAUAUUUGUACAUGAAUUGUCCAUGUAAAGCAUACCGGGUAUAUAUACAUUCUCAUUUCAUUUCAUAUUGUUAUAUUUAAGUUCAUGUUGUAUAGUUAUUGUUUAUAUCAUCGUAUAACAAUGUUCUUGUAAUAAAGUAUUUUUUCAAGA